AUGCCUCCCUUCCCCUCCCCGCUGCCUUCCUUCCCCACUCCCGGUACCUCCUCCCCCGCUCCCUCUUUGCCCCCCUCCCCGCACCCCCUCACAGGGCUGACGUGGUUCCCGAACGCCAGUGCGGACGACGAUUGGCUGGAAGAGGCUGCUACGGCCUCACACGCCUUGCCGCCGGCUCAGGCUGCGAGCAGGAGCGCUGUAUCAGGACACGUGCGAGAGGAGGUCGUCAAGAUCGAGGAGAUCUCCACAGAGAUCGUGACCGUCCAGGAGAUAUCCACCGAGAUCGGACGGCCAGCCAGGUCCCGCCGAUCAGGGGCAAGAGCCGCGCGAGAAGCAGGCUCAGGCGAAGCGGAGGAGAAGAAGAAAGGGAAGAAGGGGAAGAAGGUAGCUAGGUCGAAACGAGAAGCACAGCCGCCGGAUGAGGCGACUAGCGCGGAUCCUAGGUUGCCUGAACGGGUGCGGCCUGCAGUAAGAGAUGUUGUAGUGCCACAAACAACAGCGGAAGCACAGACGCCCAGUUCUAGCCCUGCUCCUGCUGCCAGUGGUGCUGGUGGUGCCAGUGGUGCUGGUGGUGCCAGUGGUGCUGGUGGUGCUGGUAGGACUGGGCUUAUAGCUGGCUUGGCAGCAGGGGCAGCAGCAGCAGGCGGGGCCGUAGCAGCCGGGGUGGCAGGUUUGGUUGCAGGGCGAGAAGCCAAGCCAGCAGAAGAAGCAACCAGCGGGGAUGCGAUGGAGGGGGUGGAAGGUUCAGAAGGGGUGCGAGGUUCGGAAGGGGUGGGGGGGUCGGAAGGGAUGAGGGAAGACUCGAGAACGUCAGUUGCAGCCGUGCUGGCGUCAGGGGACACUGCAAGAGACCUCAGUAGUGUUGGCGACUCAGAGUCUGCCGUACAAAGUCUGCCUGAACCAACAGCACAAGCAGCACGAACAGCAGGGGCAGCAGAAGCAGCAGAAGCAACAGAGGCAGCAGAAGCAGCAGACACGGGUGAUAGAGGUGAAGCGGCAGAAGCAGGUUCAGCAGGGGAAGCAGGCCCGAGCGGAGCAGCAGUUGCUGCUGCAGCUGGGGCUGGUGCCGGGGCAGCAGUGGCAGGCGCCGUGGUAGGAGGAGCUCUAGGCGCUGCUCUAGGCUCUCGGGAAAUCUCUAGAGACGAUCCCAGAGAGCAGUCCGGUGGGGGGUCGAAACGAGCCACCCCUGGGACUCCGCUAGGUGGGAGCUCGCCUGUGUCUGCAGGGGAAGGGGGGGGCAGGCGGGAGGCGAAGGCGAAGCGGAACAGGGUGGGGGAGGGGGCGUUUGGAUCAGGGGAUCAGCAGGAAGGGGUGUUCGGUGGGGAGGUUUCUGGGGGGAGCGGACGGCAGGGGAGCCAGGGGCGCGGAAGCAUGGGGAGAAGCAGCGGCAGUAGUGGCAGUGGCAGAGAUAGGGAUACGCUCCUGCAGCAGCAGCAGGUGCAGCAGCAGCAGCGGCAGCAGCAGCAGCAGUCAUGGUCGAAGCAGCCCCUACCUGGUCAUGGUCCUGGCGGCGCUACUGGUAUGCCUCCUAUACGCAGCAACAGCGAGCUUCCCCCCCUUCCCUACCGCAGCACCAGCGGCUUCCCCCCAAGCCCCUCCGCAGCAGCAGCGGCCUUGCUGCCCCUCUCCGCACCAACCAAUAGCAAUCUCCUGCAGCGCGCCGCCACGGGCAGCGGUGACCGUUGGAUCUUCCACUCUGGCGCGGAUCGGGACCAGCUUGUGGAGUCGGAUUCAAGUGAUGACUCGGAGACGAUGAGUGGGCGGCUGGAGGGCGGGUUGGGGGACUCGUGGGGGAGAGCGCGAGGGGGAGACGAAGCAGGGUCGUUCAAAGCGGGAGUCUGGCGAGUCAUGGUAGAGGGGUUGGCCAGCGCUGGGGCUAGUGGGGCGUGGAGCUCGUCGGAUGGCGAGGGGAGUGUGGAGAGGAGGGGGGCAGCAGCGGCGGCUCAGCCUGUGGUUGUGGGAUUUGUGGGGCCUGCCAGGCCGGGUACGCCUGUUUCGCUGUCCAGGGUUGGGUCUGGGGCUCCUGUGCUGCGCCCUGCGACUUCGGGGGGUUUGUUGCUGGAGGAUGUGGGGAAGUAUGAUGACUGGGUGGUGUAUGAGAGUGAGGGGGAGGAGGAGGAGGUGCAGAGUAGGCUUCAGCAGCUCCCCCCUCGCCCUGUCGGCCCUCCUACCGCCUCCUCCUCUCAGCUCGGCCCUUCACAGCCCCACCCAUUCGCGUCAGGAACAGCAGGUAAGCCGCGCAUACCCCCCAUCCCCCCGGCUUAUGGUCACAUCCCCUGCUUAUGCCGCACUGCUGCUGCGUCUGCUGCUGUGCCGGGUUCCGGCCUGCACCCGUUCGCCCCUGGCGGUUACGCGGGAGGGGCGGGAGCUCCUGCAGCAGCAGCAGGGGCUGUGCCUGGGGGCCAGCAGGCAGGGGGGCAGCAGGCAGGGGGGCAGCAGUCGUGGGGGGGGUCUGUGGCAGGGUUCUUUGCAGGGGCAAGCGCGUUUGUGUUUGGGGCGAAGCAUGACGGGCAAGCAGGGAGAGAGGCAGGGAAGGAGGCGCAGCAAGGAAAGGACUUGAAUCAGGCAGGUGAUGCUGGGGCUGGGUUAAGGGACGGGGAGCAAGGGGGUCUGGGGCGGCAGGUACAGCAGCUGCAGCAGCACAGGGAGAGGCGCAGAUGGAGCUGCAUUGCCAGGGGCAGCUGCAGCAGCGGCGGCGGUGCCUGGGAGAGCGGUGGGAGGAGCAGCAGAGAUGGGGGUGAUGAGUCAGCAGCCUGCACAGGGGUACCGGCCUGGGCGGGGCUUGGUGGGUGGAGUAAAGGCUCUGGUGCUAGGGCUGGUGGGUUUGGUAUAGGGUGGGGGGAGGGGAGUGAGGAGGAGGAAAGUGAAGAGGCGGAGAGUGAGGAAGCGACGGAGGAGGGUGAAGAGUAUGAGGAGGAGGAAGAGGAUGAAGAGGAGGAAGAGGAGGAGAUGGAGUAUAGUAGUGAUGAGGAGAGUGAGGAGGAAAGUGAGGAAGAGAUUGAGGAAGAGAGUGAGGAGGAAAUUGAGGAGGAGAGUGAAGAGGAGAUCGAGGAGGGGAGCGAGGAGGCAACUGAGGAUGCAAGUGAGGAGGAAGAGGAGGAAGAGGAGGAGGAAGAAGAGAGCGAGGAUGAGAGUGUAGUGGGGGAGCUGGCAUGGGAAUGGGUGGGGCGAGUGGGGCAAUGGGGGGGGGGGAGCAAGUCGCCUAGUGGCAGGCCAGGGGAGGAUGAUGAGCGUGUGUUUGUGGUUUUUAACAAGUCGAGAUUCUCACCCACUGCUGCUGGCGCUGCUGCUGCUGCUGCUGGCGCUGGUGGUGCUGCUGGUGGUGCUGGUGGUGGUGGCUUGUUGGCUGAUACUCAAGGAUCAGGGACCCUUGUGGUGAGGAUUGAGAGAGGUGCGGAGGAGGAGGGAAGUGAGGAGGACGAGGGGGAGGUUGGCAGUGAGGGGUGGGAUGGAGGGGAGAGUGGGGAGGAGGAUGGGAGUGAGGGUCGGAGUGGGAUGGAAGGAGAGAGUGAGGAGGCUGAGAGUGAGGAGGGAAGUGGGUUUGAUGGAAGUGCUGAGGGAGAGAGUGAGGGGGAGAGUGAAGGGAGUGAAGGGGAGGAGAGUGGGACAGAAGGGAGUGAGAUGAGGGUAGGUAGGGAGGAGGGAGAAGAUGGGGAAUUUAGUGCGGUGGAGAGUGGUGCUUCUGGAGGGAGUGAGGGGAGCGAGGAGGAGAGUGAGGAGGGGAGUGAGGAGGGGAGUGAGGAGGGGAGUGAGGAGGAGAGUGAGGAGGGCAGUGAGUCAAGCCUUAGCCCUGUGGGGAGUUCAGACGAGGGAGAGACUGAGUACGUGGGGAGUGGGGAAAGUGAGACAGAAGAGAGUGAGGAGGAGAGAGGGAGUGAGGAAGAGAGUGGGAGUGAGGAGGAGAGUGGGAGUGAGGUGGAGAGUGAGAGUGAGGGGACGGAAAGUGGUUCGAGUGAAAGCGAGGGGAGUGAGGAGACAGGGUCGAGUGAUGAUGAGGAUGGCACAACUUUGGAUGGCACAUGGGACGGCACAUUGGAUGGCACAAUGGAUGGCACUGUGGGCGGCACAAUAGACGACAGAACGCUGGAUGGGACAGAGGUUGUGACUCCAGGCGGGAGUGACACUAUGGAGCGGACUUUCACCCUGGAAGAGACCGAGACAGCUGUUAGUGAGAUGCUGGGAAGGGACGUUGACUAG